UCGAGUCCGUGCUACAGAAAAGCAGCAGAAAAGUUCCGUCAGCAGCUCUUCUUCGAUUCCUCAAAUAGGCCUAAGGAUUGUGAAAAGUGAUGGAAAAAUGGGUUUCCUCAUUUCAUUUCCGUUUUAUUUCACUGGUGCUACGAAUUAAGCUUCAACAGUUCUAGAUUUCGAAGGAGGUAUAUCUGCGGAGUGUUUAAAUUUCAAUGCCUUAUACUGCAUUAGUGGUUUGUCGCAAAGGUGAAAAUCUUUACAGGAUGCUUCCGACGCCUCAAGAGAAAAUGUUAAAACAAAAAGGAAGUCUAUUUAAACUAGCAGAACUUUAAUCUACCAGAAUAAAUCAAUCGGAUUGAGUGUAUAUACAUGCCCCAAAGGCAGGGUGCAGCAAGAAGUGCCGAGAUCCGAUUAAUGUGACUGCUGUAAUAGUGAUGGUGUUCGGAGUGAAAUAAAACUCCACUAAAGUGAAUUACCCGAGGGAAAUGCUGUCCUUCCUGAUAGUCCUGUCGAGUCCAAACGAGCUCGACAGCUAGAAAGAAAACGUGUGUGUGCAGUGUUCCAACAAUAAAGCCCGUGCAGACUCGCAGAGAAAGAAAAUAUAUGGUGCAAGGCGUCGGCGUGUCUCCCGGAGGUUUGGGGUGCUGAAGGAACGCCGUCGUCGCUAAUUUGGAUACUUUCUAAUGGGAACGUUAACGUCGUCCUCGUCGACGGCCACCACCAUCCCUGCUUCGCGAUCGAAAAUCAGUGGCACCAGCCAUGAAGAAGAAACGUCUGAAGCCCAUUCCACUGCGACAACGGUUGCAGUACCAGCAACGACGGCGUCGGCGACGUCAACGAUGGAACGGCACAGCCGGACUGACGCCAGCGGUCGGUCGGCGGCCCUGGAACGCGCCUACGUGCACGACGUCUACGAACACUGCGAAGAUUCGGUUGGCCAAGUGCGACCCAAGGUGGCACAAUUCCUAGCAGGACUGGAACCCGGCUCCGUGGUGUGCGAUGUGGGCUGCGGCAGUGGCCGGUACCUAGCCGGAUUCAACCCGAUGAUUUGCACAAUCGGCGCGGACCGGUGCUAUCGACUGUCCAAGGUCGCACACGGGAAGGGAGGAGAGGUGGCGAUAUGUGAUAACCUGGAGCUGCCGUUCCGUGACGAAUCGUUCGAUGCAGUCCUGUCGUUGGCGGUGGUGCACCAUUUCGCCACAACCGAGCGUCGCGUCGGGGCCAUUCGGGAGCUGGCCCGAAUCCUGCGGAUCGGUGGGCGUGUCAUCAUCACUGUGUGGGCCCUAGAGCAACGGCACCGACGGUUCGAGUCGCAGGAUGUGCUGGUUCCGUGGCAGCCACCGCGUACGAAAAAUUCCGCCAUUUCCGACGAGGAGGACGACGAUGACUUUCUGCCGCCGUACCACGCCUACACGGAGGAUUCCACCAACUCGAGUCGCUCGGCCGGUGACGGGGACAGCUCCAGCCUGUCGUCGUCGUCGCCGGGCGAAACGUGCUACAGUUUUGUGCGGAGAGCGAUACAGAAGCUAGCCGGCAGCAAAAAGAGCCCGUGGUUCCUGGAAUCGUGGAGCUCGCGGGAAACGAAACAAGACAGCAGUCUGGACUACGAGGACGCCAAGGACCUGCCGAUUGAGCUGCGGCGCCUGGAGGAUUUCGACGACAUACCGGAGCCGCCGCUGUCUGCUGGCCUGAAAAGCCGGAGCUUAGGUAGUAUAUUAAAUCCACCACCAAAAACCAUAGUUAGAUCACGUUCAAGUGUACCAAGUUUAGGUGCUCAAAUACCUGAAUCGCGUGCAACACCUGCUGAGCCGUCAGCAUCCCGAAGACCAAAACUAGUAAAACAGAAACAAUCAUUGUGUGAUGACGUAGAUUACAAGCUGAACGAAUCGGCGCAGGCCUACCGGGAUCACAUCCUGCGGAACGACUCACGGAUCCAGCUGCUGCGUAAGCAAAGCUCACUGAACGAAGAACUGAUGGCCGAGAGUCGGUUGCGUGAAAAGGAUCGGAUCCGGAAGCGAAUACAAAAGCAGAUGUCUCUGAACGAGACAUUCCUGUGCCGGUCGCUAUUUACCAAGCGACUUCAAGUGAUCAAGGAAGGCUUGACCACAAAACUGAAGACAUCCACCGGAAGCUUGGAACGCGUGACAAAGAAUGGGUUCGUGAAAAUCAUGCAAAACAUCAAAGCGUCGGCCCAGUCACACCACAGUCACAAUCACGCGCAAGGCCGCUCCUACGACCCACACAAUCCCGGUUACAUGCCGCACGGUCAUGAUGGUCGCCACGGGAGCUAUCACGUUUCCAGAAGCAAUUCCAUCAACAACAAUGGCGGCAGCAAUGGCAGCGGCAGCACUAACGGUAACGACAAGCUCCACGGGAUGGGCACCAGCCAGGAUGACUCGAAACCUCGUCGCCAUUCGCGGGAAAGUGGCUCCGAAAGUUUUCGUUCCACUUUCAUUAAACGACAACGUUUCGCGGAUUCUUCUAAGGACAGCAGUCUGCAAAGCGAUACCAGUAUUGAGUCCGAAGAUAGUUUUGCCUCUGUGAUCUUCAUUCCGAAACCAGACCAACAGCAACAGCAAGGAAGUGGAACGAGUGAUGGCUUUGGUCCUGGUCCCACGCGAAUGCCUUCAGGGCCGACGUCUCCCUUGAUUAUGCCCUGCCCAACGCCAGCACAUUCACCAGCACCACCACGCACAAAAUUCAGCCCCCCGAAUGGCAACGGCAAUGGUGGAAACGGUGGAUGCGAAUUUAGCCAAUUUACUUUCGAUGAUACUUCAUUAUUUCCUAAGUUCGAGGAAAUAGCUUCCUCUCCAUCAUCUGUAAAUAAUGCAUCUAGUACUAAUAUUAAAAUUCUUAAAUCCCCGCCUUCAACUGCUUUGGCUAGUACGAGUUCAACGACCACAAUCGCUUCCAGCAGUAGCAAGUCUACGACUAGUAACAGCAGUGCUCAUAGCAGUAGUAGCAAAUUGACAACGACGACGACGACGACGACAACAACGCAAGUACCCAAAUCUACGGUUCAGAAAAUAACUCGGCAGCAAAUCAAAGACCUGCCUCCGAUUCCAAAGUUUAAAAAGAAUUAUCCAAUCCUGCGCCGGCAAACAUCUACCGGAGCUCCAGUAGUGCCAAAACUGUUAUCUUUGGAACUAUUCAAUCCGGAAACGGACGACCUGGACAGCGACUCCAGUGAGCCAUCGUCGCCGGAUUCUAUCGACAGUGUGAUAAGCGCGCUUCGACCACCAGUUUCACCGCAGCCAUCAACAGCACAAAAGCAACCGGCACAAACAGAGGCACCCAGUAUUCCUCCAUUGAUAGAGGCAGCAGCCGUUGUAGCACAUAAGCUGGAAGAUACCGUGGAACUGGUGAUACGAGAAAGCGAAAAUAAGCCAAAACUACUUAACGGGUUACCAGAAUCACAAGAAAGCGUUGAUGGAACGAAACCUGAUGAUGAAUCAUCUUGUCGACAACAUUUGGUAGAUUUUGCUGAGAAGUUAAGUGCUCAGCUUCUGAAAGAGCUGGACAACGAGAAGCAGCAGAAUGAGAGCAGUUUCGACGACGACGAUGACGUAUUCAGCGAGAGCAGGUUCAAGCAGAAAACUAUAACACUUGCAGAUGCGCAACACAUAACGGAUCCCUAUUUGAAGAAGUUGAACGGUGAUUUGCGGGAUCUGAACUUGCUUCGUGCAGAAUUGCGGGAAAGGCGACUAAUGCUGGCGAACUUAAGUCAUCUUGGGUCUAGUGGAUUGGGCGGAAGUAACGAUUCACUCGGUCCCAGUUACGGUUCUUCGAUGACCCCAAUAAUACAAGAAGAAACCGAUGAUGAAGAAGAGCUGAACAAUUCGUGCGAACCCGAGCUGGAAGAUCGGGACAGUGUGCAUUCACUCCGAGGAAACAUGAAGAAUCUCAAUAAAAACGAUGAGUUUGUCAUCAUUCCCGAACUGGACGAAGAUGACGCAGAUCUAUCAAACGAUACAGCUUUACUGAUACAGGAAGAAGAUAGCACGGAAGAGCAUCUUCAAAACAUUGACGUAGACCUUUUAGGCAGUAACAACAGUAACAAUAAUAGUACGAAUGAUAGCCACUUAACUAGCAGUAGUCAUAGUCUACCCCUCAAAACUAUAAAUCUGAGUUCUACUCAGCUAGGUGUAAAUAUUGGUAACUCACAACUACACAAGAAAACUGAAUGCACAUUCAACCAUGGCAGCAAUCACAGUAGAACCACUCCCAAAGUGUCGACCUCGGGAGUGACUUGCGUCGCAGAACCCAGUGAAGUAACCGGCAACAAAAAGUUACCCGACACGAACAAAUCAUCGAUUGAAUCUCAUACCAGCGUUGAUUCCUGGGCCCAUUCGACGAGUUCGGCCUCGCUGGAUAGUCCCUCGGUGGGCGGUGCCGCGACCCACCACCGCUACUAUCACGUAUUCCGAGAGGGUGAGCUGGACGCUCUGAUCAACCAUCACGUGGCCAGUCUUCACAUCGUGUCAUCGUACUACGAGCGGGCAUCGUGGUGCGUGGUAGCCGAAAAGGUGCAGGUUUGGACCAUCUAAGACUCUGAGGUGUUCCAGGUUUUCGACGGACAUUUAUGGCAUUCAACACAUGGAUGUUUUAAAGCUGCUUGCCAUUACUAAUAUUGAAUUGUUCGAAAAGCCGUUAAGAUCUUCAAAACAUACGAGACUUCUUAUCUGUGAAAUCGGCUCCGAGGAGCCGGAAACCAACUUGAACAAUUGAGUAAGUGAAACAUUAUAGAUCAAGAUAAUUACGACUAAACGAGAAAAGGCUCUAAAACUGUAUUAUUUGUCUCUGUGAUUCAUAUAUUUAAAACAAUAGUAAGUAAAUAGAUAUAGUCAGAACAAAUCGAUAUAUGAAAUAAUUAUGAUCUACAAAGCAGCAUUACUUUACCGUGAAAUAUUCUUUCUGUGAAUGUUAAUUCGAUUCCAUUUGAUAAUCAGUCCGACAAAUUAUCACCAAUCAUUAAUAUUACGAUUUGGUAUCACUAAAGCCUGAUCAAAGUAAAUAUCUAUGUGAUGAAACGAAGUUUCGAAUUGGUAUUCCAGUUUAUUUUUCACCCCCUGUAUGGUCAAUACUAUGGUUAGUCUCUCUUCAAUAAAACUGGAAAACGUUCUUGUGUGAAAAACUUGACUAGGAUUUGAUCUUCCUAGCAGCUUUUCUGUGUCUCAGGUUUUUCUAUGCUUUCUAUGCUAUGCAACAUUGGCUCCACAAAUUGACAACCAUCGUCUAUGAUAAUUUUUUUUUUGCGUUGUGAACGAUGGAUGGUUCUCCCAACAGCUGAUGCAACUCGUGGUUCAUUCGCCUCAUCCACGUACCGUCCGCCAUCUGCAAACCUACCAUAGAUGGUACGCAGCACUUUCCUUUCGAAAACUCCCCGUGCACGUUGGUCCUCCACGAGCAUCGUCCAGGUCUCGUGUCCGUAGAGAACUACCGGUCUAAUAAGCGUUUUGUAGAUAGUCAGUUUGGUAUGGCGGCGAACUCUAUUCGAUCGGAGUGUUUUGCGGAGUCCAAAGUACGUACGAUUACCUGCCAUGAUACGUCUCCAAAUUUCUCUGCUGGUAUUGUUAUCGUUAUCGGUUAUUAGUGAGCCCAAUUACACGAGUUCUUCAACCACCUCGAUUUCGUCACCACCGAUAGAAACUCGUGGUGGGUGGCUUACAUUGACCUCUCUUGAAUCUCUUCCUGUCAUGUACUUCGUCUUCCACGUGUUGAAGACUACCCAAUCAACACAAAAUCGUAUAUGAUGCAAUAUAAGAUGCUAAAGUGGAGGCGAUAUACGUACAUAUUGUAUGGGAAAGUACCUAUAUGGCCUCCACUUCAGCAUCUUAUGUGAUAUCAUAUACGAUCUUGUGUUGACUGGGUAGUCCAAUCCGUUUAGCUUCAGUCUGAUGUAGGCUUCCUCCAUCCUCUCAAAGUUACGUGCCAUGAUAUCAAUGUCGUCGGCGAAAUCAAAUAACUGGACGGACUUCGUGAAGAUCGUACCACUCGUGUCAAUCCCUGCCCUUCAUAUUACACCCUCCAAAGCGAUGUUGAAUAGCAUACCAGAAAGACCAUCACCUUGCCGUAACCCUCUGCGCGUUUCGAAGGGUCUCGAGAAUGCCCCAGAAACCCGAACUACGCUCAUCACCCGAUUCAUCGUCGCCAUAAUCAACCGUAUCAGUUUAUCCGGAAAUCCGUUUUCGUGCAUGAGCUGCCAUAGCUGGUCCCGAUCGAUUGUAUCAUAUGCGGCUUUGAAGUCGAUAAAUAGAUGAUGUGUGGGCACGUUGUAUUUACGGCAUUUCUGCAAUACCUGACGUACGGCGAACACCUGGCCUGUGGUAGAGCGUUCACCCAUAAAUCUUGCCUGGUACUGCCCCACCAACUAUUUUGCAAUUUGUGUUAGUCGGCGGUAUAAAAUUUGGGAGAGUACCUUGUAGGCGGCGUUCAGCAAUGUGAUUGCGUGGUAGUUACUUCAAUCCAACUUAUCGCCCUUUUGGUAGAUAAGACACACGACUCCUUCCAUCCACUACUGCGGCAAAACCUCAUCCUCCUAAACCCUGGUAAUCACCCAGUGCAGCGCUAUAACCAGUGCCUCACCACCGUGAUUAAACAGCUCUCCUGGUAGUUGGUCAACUCCAGGGGCUUUGUUGUUUUUCAGCUGGCCGAUCUCCUCCUGGAUUUCCUGGAGAUUCGGAACCGAAAGUCACAUGUCCUGCGCGCGUGCUCCUAGAUAAUUUCCAUUCCGCCACCACUGUCUGCCACAUCGUAGUGCUGCCGCCACCUUUGGAUCACCUCACGCUUGUUUAUAAGGUUCCCGUUUAUGUCCUUACACAUAUCGGGCUGUGGCACGUGGCCCUUACGUGAACGGUUUAACUUCUCAUAGAAUUUUCGUGCGUUAUUAGCGCGGUACAGUUGCUGCGCCUCUUCACGGUCUCGAUCUUCCUGCUGGCGCUUUUUCCUCCGAAAAAUCGAGUUUUGUCUGUUCCGCGCCGUUUGUAUCGUGCCUCGUUCACCCUCGUGCGGUGUUGCAGCAAUCUCGUCCAUGCUGCAUUCUUCUCUUCAACUAACUGCUCACAUUCGCCAUCAUACCAGUCGUUUCUCUGAUCCGGGGGCACCGUGCCUAGUGUAGCGGUUGCGGUUCUACCAAUGGCGGAUCGAAUAUCUCUCCAGCCAUCUUCAAGAGAAGCUGCGCCUAGCUGCUCUUCCGUUGGGAGUGCCACUUCAGGCUGCUGCACGUAUUUUUGGGCUAGUCUACCGUCUUGUAGCCGCGCAAUGUUAAGCCGCGGCGUCCGACUUCGACGCGUGUUGUACACUGUCGAGAGUUUUAAGCGUAGGCAUACUGCAACGAGGUAGUGGUCGGAUUCAACAUUUCCACUGCGGUAAGUUCGUACGUUCGUGAUGUUGGAGAAGAAUUUACCGUCGAUUAGAACGUGGUCGAUUUGGUUUUCCGUUUCUUGGUUAGGUGAUCUCCAUGUGGCCUUGUGGAUAUUUUUGCGGGGAAAGAAGGUGCUUCGGACUACCAUUCCGCGGGAGGCUGCGAAGUUUAAGCAUCGUUGACCGUUGUCAUUCAAUACGGUGUGCAGACUAUCCGGUCCGAUAACCGGUCUAAACAUUUCCUCCCUUCCUACCUGUGCGUUCAUGUCACCGAUAACGAUUUGGACGUCCCGCAGUGAGCAUCCAUCGUAUGUCUGUUCCAGCUGUGCGUAGAACGCUUCUUUCUCGUCGUCGGGUCUUCCAGCUUCCUUCGUGUGGGCAGUGCACGUUGAUGAUGCUAUAGUUGAAGAAACGGCCUUUAAUUCUCAGCUUGCACGUCCUUGCGUUGAUUGGCUGCCACCCAAUGACACGAUGGCACAUCUUACCCAGCACUAUGAAGCCGGUUCCCAGCUCGUUGGUGGUGCCACAGCUUGGUAGAAGGUAGCCGCUCGAUGCCCGCUUUUCCACACUUUCUGUCCUGUCCAGCAAAUCUCCUGCAGCGCCACGACGUCGAAGUUGCGAGGAUGUAAUUCAUCGUAGAUCAUCCUGUCGCAACCUUGCGAAACCUAGCGACUUGCAGUUCCAUGUUCCAAACUUCCAAUCGUGAUCCUUUAUUCGUCGCCUAGGUCUUUGUCGAUUAUAUCGAGUCGCAUUAUCUCUUAUAUUGUUCGUAAUGAUUGGUUUUCCAGGCGGCUUAUUGAGCCUGCGCAAACCUCCUGUCUUGUCGGAGGACCGUCGUGUCAGGGCUGUUUAGCGUCCCACCUAACACCAGGACUUGGGCUUGUGCGCUUUGAGCGGCACACGGUCGCUUUGGUGGGGCCUACUUGCGGAUACAUGCAGCCUUGCAUGCAGCUUUUUAUAGGAAUUGACUGGGCCCACUGUCAAACCCCACCACAUCCUAGGCAAGCCCCACAACUCGUAGAUGGUCUGGGGAGGGAUCGUCAAGCCCUUGGACAUAGUCCCUGCUGCCCUGAAGAGAAAAAGUAGUGAAUUUCUAAUCCCACAGACCAAAAAUUAUCUGACUAGGGAAAAUUAUAACGUUUUAGAUGCAUUGUAAUUCAAAUUCCCUAUGUUCCCAAGGUGAUAGCACCAAUAGUAAUGAUUGGGACUUGGGAGCGAUGACAAUGGCAUUUGUUUUGGAACUUUCCUUUGUGCUGAACCUUUGUGCUGAAAAGUCCGCACGAAAGUUAGCCACAAACUUCAAACAAGCGUAUAAGCACUCAGCAAAAUAGGUAGGUGGAGUGGUAGUUAGAAGGAAAAAAAAGAGAGAAUAGCGAGAGAGAGAGAGAAUAUUUUUCCUUAAAAUACGUAUAUUUUUCGACUUGCUAUGCGUAUUCGUGAGCGAGGUUUGUUAUGGGAUUCGAAAGUGUUGGACUUUGGGGAGACUUGAUCCCCCUUUUAUGAUAUCUUCAUAAAUAUUUUUUUCAAAAAAACCUUCCAUCAAAUUUAUGAAAUCUAUAAAAAAUUAGACACCUGAGACCAAACUAUAUUUUUUUUGAAUUUUUUCGCCAAUUAAUGCGAGAUCAAGUGUCAUUUUUAUUUUUUCACGCAUGCUGCGACGCAGCAAAGCUAAAUCAACAAGAAUGACAGUUGUGCGCCGCCUCCGUAUCGAGUUGUGUGCCCCCGAAAACGUGAGCACUUUGAAACUUGGAUUCCGUGAGGAGUGACCGUAACAACUCAAAAUCCAAAAUCUAAAAAUUGUGGAGGAAUGUUGACAUUUUUUCAGUAUAGGUAUUAGCCACAAACUUCAAACAAGCGUAUAAGCACUCAGCAAAAUAGGUAGGUGGAGUGGUAGUUAGAAGGAAAAAAAAAAGAAUAGCGAGAGAGAGAGAAUAUUUUUCCUUAAAAUACGUAUAUUUUUCGACUUGCUAUGCGUAUUCGUGAGCGAGGUUUGUUAUGGGAUUCGAAAGUGUUGGACUUUGGGGAGACUUGAUCCCCCUUUUAUGAUAUCUUCAUAAAUAUUUUUUUUCAAAAAAACCUUCCAUCAAAUUUAUGAAAUCUAUAAAAAAUUAGACACCUGCGACCAAACUAUAAUUUUUUCGCCAAUUAAUGCGAGAUCAAGUGUCAUUUUUAUUUUUUCACGCAUGCUGCGACGCAGCAAAGCUAAAUCAACAAAAAUGACAGUUGUGCGCCGCCUCCGUAUCGAGUUGUGUGCCCCCGAAAACGCGAGCACUUUGAAACUUGGAUUCCGUGAGGAGUGACCGUAACAACUCAAAAUCCAAAAUCUAAAAAUUGUGGAGGAAUGUUGACAUUUUUUUCAGUAUAGAUCAUUUUACAUAUGUAUGGCUAUGUGCUGUGAAAAACCCAUAGCAUUUGGUCACUAUUAUGCAAAGUUAUUCAAAUUUUGCAUGGCCACUAAACAAAUAGCUAGGAGGGUCUUAAAAUAAAAACCGCCCUAUAAAAUCAGUACGGUUCUCUAUCCAAAACAUAAGUUACUACGUAAUCAUCAUUUGUCCGGAGAAUCUGUACUAAAAAUAUGGUUGACAAAGACUACACAGGAUUCGGUUUUUACACGAUUUUUUUUCGCUCUUAAUUUUGAUCGAGUGGCUUUAAUUUGCCACCAAAUUCUUUGCAACAUGUAUCAAAAAAUCCUAAAUAAUUCAAUGAAAAAUCACAUAGUUAUUAAUAAUAAGUCCAAAAUUAAUAAAAUGUAAAUCGUGUAAAAACAGAAUCCAGUGUACUUUGGUUUUCGGUACAGUGAACGUUCGCUAAUUGGGGUUUUUCUAGUUGGGGCGUUUUUUAGUUGGGGGUUCGCUAAUUGGGGCGAAACCCAAUUAAAAAGCAGCUAAACGUCAGAAUGUGAUGUCAAAAACGCGUUGACGUUUUGUUUCCGUGUUUGGCGGGAUCGAUAUUUUCUGGCGCGUAAAAUUUUCUUUUGUUCAAUGCAAAAAGUAAACAACAUUGACGCUUGUCAAACCGCCCCAAUUAGCGAACGGCAUUCGCUAGUUGGGGUGAGGUCGUGCCCCAAUUAGCGAACGAUCACUGUAUUUGGGGGGAUCAAGUCUCCUUACCUUCCCCUACCGUUCUUAAUUGACCUUUUCCGUCAAAAAUUGUAUCUAGUUUUUUUGUCUCAGUUAUUUAAUUUAAGAUCAACUUCCCCAAAGAACCCAUAUUUUUUAAAGCCUCUAACUAUUCACGGUUAGAUUACUUUACCUCGGAUACUCUGGUGUUGUUGAUAUUAUUCCCACCCUGGAGAAUUCACUCAUUUUCUCUUAAAAGUGCCUCUACCCAUUAAAAUGGGGAGAGGCACUUUUUUGAUAAAAUGGGUCAAUUUUUCACGGUGGGAAUAAUAUCAAUAAUAAAAAGUGUACCCAUUAAUGGGUAAAUUUAACUAACCGUGUUUUUAAAAUCGAAAAGAAAAACCGAAAAAGUGCUGCACGUGUGGACCGGUCUGAAAAAUUCACCCGAUGUUCGUUCAAAAUCGGGCCAAUAUUAAAAA